UGUCGAGACAGCGACGCCCAUAGAAACAUGAGAGUAUAGCACUUGACCAAGUUCACCGGGGUCACGUGAUCCCCGACGCACAGUUCCGUAGUUGCUCCAAUCCGCCAUCUUUCGUCGCCGCGUGUGUCAGCGUUUGUCUGUGGAACUGGUCCAGUGAAGAACUAUUCGGCAAGCUCUUGUCAACCUUCAGAGAGCAACAUGAACCAAGAAAAACUGGCCAAGCUUCAGGCUCAGGUCCGGAUAGGAGGGAAGGGAACAGCACGUCGAAAGAAGAAGGUCGUCCACAGAACGGCAACAGCUGAUGACAAAAAACUUCAGAGUUCAUUAAAAAAAUUGGCUGUGAAUAAUAUUGCUGGUAUUGAGGAGGUGAACAUGAUUAAGGAUGAUGGGACAGUGAUUCACUUCAACAAUCCCAAAGUGCAGGCCUCUCUGUCUGCCAACACCUUCGCCAUCACGGGCCAUGCAGAGACCAAGCAGCUCACAGAGAUGCUACCUGGAAUCCUCAGCCAGCUGGGUGCAGACAGCCUCAGUAGCUUGCGCAAGCUUGCAGAACAGUUCCCUCGGCAAGUGCUUGACAAUAAGGCGCCAAAAGCAGAAGAUAUUGACGAGGAAGAUGAUGACGUCCCAGAUCUUGUAGAGAACUUUGACGAGGCAUCGAAGAAUGAAGCGAAUUGAAGGUUCCUUUGAGAUGAAGGGGACCUCCAAAGAUGGGGACUGCAAUCAAGAAAGGAACUUGUCAGUGUUUUAACUUUAGGAAACUAGUCGUAUCAUUUUGACACCAAUCAGGGACUGCUGUAUCAUAUCGGGUUGACUCCAUCGAGACUUUCCAAACAAACAGAAUGGUGCGCUUAAAUCUGAAAGUUGUCAAACUAUACACAACGGUUCUAUAAGUGUCUUUAAAUUGUCAGUUUUGCCUAUGAUUGCGGUGAUACGGAAUGAAUGGUAGCCUUUAUUUAAGUAUUUUGUUUUGUUUAUGCAGUAAAAAAUAAAAUGAAUUAACCUUU